UAUGCACGCUCACACAGAUACGGAGAGAGAGAGAGGGUGUUAAGAGUCGGCGAUGGUAGGUAGGUGUAUACAAGUAGGUGGCGGAAAGAGACAGUAGACUGUUAAGGCAACUUGGAACGUUGGUGUGCAGGAAAGAGAUUUCACUCCAGUCACACACACACAUACACACACACGCACAUACGGUGGAGUAACUUUUACGAGGAAAGAUGUACUUAGUCGAACCAGUUGCUGCUUUUGUCACUUGUUGACAAAUUUCAUAUUUUAUAAAUCUGUCUCCAUUGUCUUCAUCUCCGGCAGAGGAAAUCUUAGACGACAACUGUAUAUUAUCUCUCACACAUUUUAGGAGUAUUCUUCAUCUUGCUGUGAUUCUUUCUUUACCAAUAUACAGCUGUGAGCAAAGACAGAUGCCAGAGAACUAGCAUGGCUUCCAACGAGCGUGAUCUAGUUGAACGUCUUCUCCGACAAUCUAUUCUCACAUUAUGUCGGGAGACAAUUUCAUAUCAACACAGUUUAGAGGUUGAUGGGAUAGUUUGUAUCACUCCAGAAAAUGAAAACCAACAAAUUGUCAUUAAAGUUCACGAGCAAAUUCAGAAGACGGGAAGUGGCCCAGAAAAUUCAUUUAUCAAAUAUGAAACACCAAGAUCUUUUGCUAAAAGUUAUGAUCCUCUAUGCACUCCAGAGUCUUUGUGUUCAAGUUAUUCAUCAAAGGACAACGCACGGGAGAGUAAAUUUGGUGAUAAUAAAGUAGACCAUAAGGCAAUUAUUAAUGGACAUAGCUCUAUUCGUGAAUCUGCUGAUGUUGGCCAGAGUACUGACCACAGCUCUUCACAACAGAAUAUGCCAAUAUCGUCAAAAGCACGCGAUAAAGGAAAGAUGUGUAUCAGUUCCAGUAAUAGCUCCAGCUUUAUACAGGAAAACCUUGAUGAAAGUGGCUUAAACCGCUCUGUAGCAUCAUCGAAUACUUCAUUAACAAUGGGAAAUCAAUUGAACACUCCCAACAGCCUGUGUGACUAUUCCCCCAACUUAAUGUUAAACAUGUCUUCAAAUUCUUACACUCCCAUUCCAUGCAAACGCUGUGACAUAGUUCUUCCAGAUGCUCACACUUUUGAAAAACACAACCUUGCUGAGCAUUCAGUUUUCACUUGUAAUAUUUGCUAUAGGACAUUCACUGCCCGUAACAACCUGAAACGUCACAUUCGACUCCAUACAGGAUAUAAGCCCUAUACGUGCAAUAUUUGCUCCAGCAGUUUUACACGAAAAGACGACUUGAAAUUCCAUCUGUUAAAGCAUAAUUAUGAUAAGCCAUACCGUUGCAACCAAUGUGGAAAAGGUUACAUGGAUCGGUCCUGUUUAGCUAAUCAUAUGUUGAACGAACAUAGCUGCAAGUUGAUGCACGUUUGUCCUCAGUGUGGAGAAGGCUUCAAUAAUACACACAUGUUCAUGGAGCACAAGAAAAGUCAUCCAGAACUAAAAGAAUUUCAGUGUAGAUUGUGCAACUUUACUGGAAUCAACUCGCUAAUGUACCAAAAGCAUAUGCUGACCCAUGGCCAUAAAAAGACAUACCGCUGUGAUCCAUGUGAUCUGAGUUUUGAGGAACCAUUUAACUACACAGUCCAUUUGAAGCGACACAGAAUAGAUCCGUCCUUUACUUCCUACAUAUGUUGUUUCUGUGACAAUAAACUACCAACUUACAAACAGUUCAUCCGACAUGAACACUCACAUGCACAGAAUAAAGCACAUGCCUGUCAAUUUUGCAACAAACAAUUCCGCUACCCUUCUAAUCUCCGUGAGCACAUGGUGAUGCAUGAGCCAAAUGCUGACACAGAUGUGUCACAGCAAUACUGGUGCACUGAAUGUAACCAAGGUUUUGUCUCUGAAGAGCUGUUACGUUGCCAUAUAUUCGAAAUACAUGAGGUAAAUACAAAGAAAGAACCUGUUGACUCGAAAUCUGGAUUAAGUAACUUGAUCGCAAAUGAUGUAGAAUCUUCUAGCAGUGAGUCUUUUCCCAGUGGUCAGAUGGAAGCUGACACUACUCAUUCAUCAAAUAAACCAGCAACGGAUGAUAAUAAUGACAUUGAGAUGGCCGAGACACAAGAGUUUGGUGAUGCUGUAUCUGGCACAGAUGCAGAGGAAGAUUCUAAUUUAGUUAUUAAUGAAGAAAAUGAUGAAAACCAUGCACAAUCUUCUCAAGAGCUAUUUCCUCGACCACUUUCCAAUGGAGACAUCAAUAUUAAGCAAGAAUAUCCUGAUGAUUAUGAAGAUAGCACUGGCAGCAGUGCAACUUCAGAUGUUGUAAACCUGGCUGGUUCUGUUAAAAAUGAAGAAAACCAGAAAGAGUUAAGCCCUUCUUCACCAAUGUCAGAGUCUAAAUUGAAUCGCAAGUCUUCCGGCACUAAACCAUCUUGUUUUGAACGUGUUGUUACCCCUGAAAUUCCUUUCCGCAAAAAUGUCCCUUUCACUUGCAAAGGCUGUGGCGAAGUAUACAAUGACUUUGAUGGCUUUGAAUCCCAUAGCACUGUGGUGCACCGGAGGUAUGUGUGUGAGUACUGUGGCAAAAUUUUUACUUCAAAACCGAACCGAGAGCGCCAUGUUCGUUACCACACUGGUGAACGACCCUAUCGGUGUGACCUCUGUGGACAAUCAUUCUUCAGAGGAGAUGACCUCAAAUAUCAUCGCACCACUCGGCACUCAGAUGUCCGACCAUUUAAAUGUAAAAUCUGUUCACUGUACUUUUCCUGGCCUAAGGAUUUGAACCGUCAUCUAAAGACUCACAGCAUCAAUGAAGAGAAACUAAUUGAAACAAAUAUAUGUAAAACCAUUUAAAUAUAUUUGUUUUUCAAUUAGUCUCUCUCUCUCUCUCCCUGGGUGUGUAUGAGUGUCUAGCAGUGGAAACUGCUUUUGAAGUGCUUCAGCUAUUACUGACCACCACAAUGUUUGUCUCCAUCACUAUUGAAAUGUUGGUCGACUAGUAGGGCAAAUUUAUUUUUUAUGAAUCAGCAAAUACGAGCCUUAGUCUUUGAAUGAUUUUACCUACCAUUCUUCUUUCCCCUGGGUGCAUCAUUGCAAAUACUAGGAGGGGUUAUUAACCUUCACCGCACUUGUAUGCUGAGUCCCCUUUUAUAUCUUUGCAUUUGGGUAGUUCAUUUAAACUAAUUUUCAAAAUGUCAAUUGUUAUUUUCAUUAAAAUGGCAGCUGAUUGAAACUAAGUUCUACAAAGUUGUCCCCUUCUUCCUCAUGGUGUUCUGAGUUCAAGCCUUGCUCAGAUCAAUCUUGUUUUCAUCAUUCUGGGAUGAAGAAAAUGAGUACCAGUCAUGUCUAUUUAGAUGACUCCAGCCCCAACUCCCAACAUUUCUGGCCUUGUAUCAAUACAGAAAUCAUUAAGAUGGAGUGGCAGAAACAGUGUAGUGCCUUGUGGUAUUUAGUUACAUAUCUUUGCUGUUUGUCCUCUAUGGUUAAUAAAAACCAGUUUUACUGGAAGUUGUUUAACUAUAACCAUUUUUCUACAAAUCAAUGGCCUUGUGUCAAUCUAAGGAGUUACCAUUAUUAUAAAUUUCUACACUUGGCAUUUAUUUUAUUUUCCAUAAUUUAUCAAGAAAAAUAUAUUUAAAAAGAUCUUAUCCUUAUUUUAAUUUUAUUUUUUAAUUAAUUUAUGGAAUUAGACAACCACCACUUAUCUCUUCCCUACCCAUUUCUAAAGGCUCAAUUUGAAAUUCCUAUAAUUGGUGCUCUGGUGGCUGCUAAGUUUCCAUAAAUUGCCCAUUCACUGUUACCAUUCCAGGCAGCUGUAACAGAUAAACACAAAAAAUCAGUAGGUCUAUAUAUAUAUAUAUCAUAAUUAUUUUGUUUGUAUGAACCAUUUUAAGUUUGACCCACACUUAAAACUUGGAUAGGUUGGGCUUCUUGGCCAUAGAAACAACCUUCCAGCCCUCAUUUCAGACAUUUCCAUUGGGGCAUGAACACCUUUUUGCUUAAGAAUUGCUUUGCGACUCAGACAACCAAAAUAAAUACAAAAGACACAAACAAUAAAACAACAUACAGGGUGUCAAAUUUUAAUGUAUUUCAGUUUUGACCAUUUGAUGUGGAGCUUUCAUACACAACUGGUUCCUUUCCAAAAGUUUGUGCUGUUGCCUUUAGGUCAGGUGCCACCGUCCUUCACUUUUUUUAAUGCAAUUGUAAAUAAUUUAAUCAUAAUCAUUUGGUUCUGAAAAGACCAUUGAUGAGUCACUGGAGCUCAAGUGAUCUUUAGACAUAUGUUUCUAAAGGUUGCUAAUAGUAUACUGCCUUCACUGAAUCACACCAUGUCAAUGUGACUGGUAUGUAUGGUAUACAUAGCUUAAUCUGAAAUCUGUGAAGUUUAUCGAAUUGAUUUGCAAAACAGCUCCAGAAUCUGAGUUUGUCCAUUGAUAUAUGGCCUUUGUAUGUGUGUGAUGAUUUUUUUAGUGGGAUAGAUGUGCUUAGCAAUUUCCUUUUAAAAUAUUCUUUAGUGGGAUUUAUAAUUUUGUAUUUUUUUAAAGUAGUUUCAAAUAAUGUUUGCCUUAAAAAUGAAAGAAUCAAAUGAGGUGAAGUGGACCUUAAAUUUCAAAAAAGUAAUAAUGAAAAAGGAUCAUUUUAAAAAAGUUAGGUUUUGAUAUUUUUAAAUGUGUUUGAAGAAAUAAUGUUUCCACCAUUGUUUCCUGGAUGCUCACAUAAACCCUAUCCAACUUUACCUUGGGCUUAGUAUAUUAAGGCAAAUAUGGCAAACGAAAUAGUUUCAAAAUUUUCAGCCUGCCUAUUUGGAACUUUGUGGAUGCCAAUAUUUAUAAAUGCUCUACUACAAGUUUCCGUCCCCAUGACUCUUAAAAUAGACCGUCCUCUUUUUAAACCUUUCUAAUAUUGUUUCAACCAUCUUUAUUUUGCAUCAAUUGUAAUGUUCUGGGGGUGCCAACUUUGCAAAAAACCUGUCAAGACUACUAUUUUGUUAGUUUAUUCAAAGAACUCAUAAAUUGAAAUGCAAAUCCUCAUCACUGUCAAAGAGGAGCUUACAAAGAUCGUUUUUGCUUGGUUUUUACUUUUACUAAUACAUUUUUUAACACCUUUAUACUCCAUUUGCAUCCAUACUACUAUUUGGCUUGGGUUGGAUAUUCAUGCAAAUAGUCAUUUGCACAAAUUAGUGUCAACUGUUUUAACACAAAUGCAUGUCUUCCUUUUCAUGGAAACCUGUUGUAAUAUUUACCUUUUGAAUAGUUGGUUUAUAGUUUUUGGUCAAAGUUCUCUGCUAUUUAAAUCAUAUCCUCUUAAGGCACUCAUGGAAUAAUUUUGUCUGAUUUUGUGUAAGCAUUUAAUACCUUUCUUCCCUCAUCUCCAAAGCCCCUCUUCACAGCUCUGUUGUUUUGUAUUCAUAUGAUUAAAGUUCUUUGAAUUCUUUUGGUGCUGUUACAGAAAGUUUAGAAUUCAAGUACUGGAUAAAAGAUGGAAAAAAAGAGUCACAAAAUUUUCUCAUUUGAGAUUCAAAUAUGAUUGGUGCCUUUAUUUACUAAAACACUCAUUGAAUGCUGUGCAAAAAUAUUUUAAAAAUUGUUUGGAAUUCUUCACUGUAAGUGCCUUGUGUAUUAUGUGUAUGUGUAUGUGUGUGUGUGUGUGUUUGUAAUUUAUAUUUUUUUCUUAUGUUGUCAUAGUGCCAAAGAAUGGUCUUUGGGUUUGCUUAUGCCAUAUUCCUGGCAAUAAUGUCUGUUAAUUAUCUUAACAAUUUCCUUUACCAGCAAUUUGCAUGCUGUAGAGUGAAAAUAGGUUUUGUUCAACAGGAAUAUGCAGACGUGAAGUGUUUGAGAUGUCAACUAUCAUGUGAUCUAUGUGUUUGUAUAUAUAUAUAUAAGUGUGUGUACAGACACACAUACACGCACACACUUGAGUAAGAGCAUAACUAAAGAAAUAUAGCAUAUUCCAAGUAGUUGUAUGUAAUUGAUUCUGUAAAUCUUUUUCAUUCUCACACAUGUACACAUACAUACAUACACUCGUAUAUACACAUAAAUACGCACAGGUAUAUAUUUGUAUAUGAUGGUAUCUAUGUUUCUGUACACAUACACACACGCACACAUCAUCAUCAUCAUCACAAGUUUCUUGAGAAAUUCCAUUUUACUAUGAAUUUUUUUAAUAUAUAUUUCAGUAGAGACAAGUCCAAAUAUACAUCCUUAUGGUGCCUUCCCAACCCAUUCUGCCAAUUAUUAUAUUACCAUUCCAAAAUAUUUUUUUAUCAAAAACAAUUUUUUUUUUUUUUUUUCCUGACCCUAUCAGCUUUUUCAAUAAUUAGAAUGAUAUAACCUCCCCAGUUGCACAGUGCUGAAGCAUUCCAGUCUUCUAUCAUUCCAUUUGUUUCCUACCUUACUAUAUUCUUAAUAAAGGAAAUAUAUUCAACAUUGUGUGAAAAUGGCAUGUAUUUUUCAAUUUUUUAUUAUUACAUGCAAUAUUAUAGCACAUGUGAGUGCCAUGAAGUAGGUUGUAAGCUCAUGUGAGCCAAGUCUACAGCUCUUGUAUUGAUUCCCGGUUGGAACUAUUUCACUUAUACUGUCACUAAUACCCUUGGGAAAGGCAUGACUGUCAAAACUUCCCAUUUCCAUCUCCUAUAUUAAGAAACUUUAUUAUUCUUAUGCUUUGGUUUGUAGUUGCCAAAUUUAUAUUCUAAUAUAUCAAGAAACUUGCUGAUUUCUAAACGAGGGCAGAGGUGCUGUGAUACAUAGAUGCCUAUAAAAGUGUUGUUGAACACAUAAUCCAGUUUAUUUUUUUUAUUUUCAUUUUUUUUUUGUUUUCCUUGUUUUAAAUUCCUUGUUCCUCAGUGCUGUGAAUAUCUGCAGGAAUAUUAUUAGCAUGGUGUGUGUUGUGGUGUUAAUCAUUUCACAAAUAAACUGUUGGAUUUUGAGUUUUUAGAAUUAUAACCAAUAGUUUAAUUUUUUUUUUUGCUGGCCAUUUUUGUGUUGUGUAACCUAUGCAGGAUUUUAUGGUGAUAGUAAAUAUAAACAAUUUAAAAGAAACUAUUAAAGAGAGGUUUUCAUACCAACAAGUUCUCUUUACAAUUGUUUAUCUUUUGGUUGAAUUUUUAUCUACAAAGUGGAUGGCCUCCCCCACCUCAAAGAUUUGGUGUGCGAUUGUAGCUUUUUCUGCUUAAUCUGUUAAUAUUACUUCUACUAAUAAUAAUAAUUAUAACAACACCCUCUCAGGCAACUGUGAAAGUACAGGUUCCGUUUUUUUUUUUUUUUUACAGAACUAUUAGAACCAACGAAUAGCAUUUUUUUUUUUUUUAAGUUAUAGCUCAGAUCACCUUAUUAAUGUUAUUUAUUUUUUUUAUAUUUCUGACUUUAUAAUCAUUUUUCAUUUCUAAAAUUAUUCCUAAAGUAAUCUCUUAAUCUUAGUUGUAAUCUUAAUUCUGCUGUAUUCUACUCAAUCCCUUAAAUCAUUGACACAUACACUCACACAUACAUGCAGACACAUACCUUCAUAUACCUAUCCCAGCCUUCUCAUAAUUUUUGAAAGGGCUUCUAUUUUUUUUUUUUAUAUUUCCCUAGCUUGUAAUGUUGGAACCUUGCCCUGCCCUAGUGGGGUGGGGGCUAACUUAGGAUUACAACCCUAUUACUAGUUAUGCCACUAAAGUUAUAUUGUAAAGUUAGCUUGUUGUCUGGGUGUGUUAUUCACUUCUUUGCCCCCCCCCCCUCUCCAGUUACCUGUUUUUGACUAUACCUGUUUCUCAAUCUACAAUGUUUUCCCUCUCCAAUUUCACCUAGCUUGUUAUGUGGACCACAAACAAUAUUUGUGAAAAAAAAAAUUAAAAAUUAAUAACACAAAAAUAAGAUUUAAAAAAAAAAAA